UGGCGACCGUCAGGAGUGAAAAAAAGAAGUAAAAAAAAUUAAAUAGUUUUGACGACGUUUAUGCUUUUAUUUGCGUGACUGUUUGUCCGGGUCAAGCUUUAGAAAAAACCGUGAUUUUAUAGAGAGCAACAAACAAUAUAAACAUUGAAUAUUGCAAUGAAGUUAUGAACUCUAUUUCUCUGUUAAUUCUGUAUAAAUAUAAAGUAUAAGUUUAAUCUAAAGUCGAGGAAGAAGAAGAAGCGAACACCGGUAGCAAUAUUGGCCAAGGAUGUUCAUAAGAUACAGUAGACUGCAGAUAUCAAUUUUUAGUCUGUACAGGCGGUUAAUACGUACUUGUGAAGGACGACCUGGAUUUAAGGAAUAUGUUCAAGCAGAAUUUAGAAAGAAUGCAAGGAUUCCACGUUCUAACAUUUUAAGGAUAGAAUAUUUGAUAAGAAAAGGUGAAAAACAGUUAAAGGACUUGAAGGAAAAGGAUAUACAGUCUAUAAGCGUGAUCAAACCAGAUCUUAACAAAUUAAAAGAUGAAGAAAAACCAGCGGUGGUGGUUGCCGAACCUGAACUACAAAAUAAGCCACCAAGUGGUCCAGACAACACUCCAGGUGCUACCAUUGAUGACCCCAUGAAGCCCGAAGAUGAUGCCUCAUCUGAUUCGAACAAACCGAAAGAAAUCUCUUCAGCGGAUCCAAGAGACACACCAGGUAUUGAUCCGAAUGAUGCCCCCAUGGAAUCUACAAAUGUUGCCUCAUCUGAGCCUGAAAUACUGACAGAUAGCUCCUCAAAUGAUCCAAAAGACAUUCCGGGUAGUCUCAAUAAUAUCACUAUGGAGUGUACAAAUGUCGCCUCGCCUGAGCCUAAAAAAUUGGCAGAUCCGCUCUCAAAUGAUCCAAAAGACACUCCAGGUAGUCUCAAUGAUAUCACUAUGGAGUGUACAAAUGUCACCACAACUGAUCCUAAAAAAUUGACAGAUCCACCACCCUCAAAUAAUUCAAAAGACACUCCAGGUAGUCUCAAUGAUAUCACUAUGGAGUGUACAAAUGUCACCUCACCUGAUCCUAAAAAAUUGACAGAUCCGCUCUCAAAUAAUUCAAAAGACACUCCAGAUAGUCUUAAUGAUGCCUCCAUGGAAUUUACAAAUGAUGCCUCAUCUGAUCCUCCAGAACUGAAAGAUAGCCUGUUAAAUGAAUCAAAAGACCCUCCAGGUACACCUUGCAAUGAUGCCCCAAUGGAAAUUACAAGUGGUGCCUCAUCUGAGCCUACAUCAAAAGAUCCCCCAAAUGAUUCAGUAGACCCUACAAAUAUCUCUGUUAAGCCAAGUAAUACCAACCCAAGCAAUUGUGAAGGGCUGACAAAGAGCCCUCCAUCUGGUCCUAACAAGUUGACUGAUGACUUUCCAAGUAUUCCAGAAGAUACUACGAACACCACCAAUGAUGGCCAUGUUGAACCAACAAAUAAACCCCCGUCUGAUCCUGUAGAACCAGUGAACAAUCCACCAGAUUCAACUUCCUGGUGUUUCUGGAAUACAGAUAAAGAAAAAAAGAAACCAAAGACACCUGAUUUCAGCAACAUGCCUUUGGAUGAAAAACGAAAAUACUACAGAUGUGGCAACCGCUAUCUGACAUUAGAUAAGAUAGAAACUUGGCCAGAGUAUGUGAAAAAUAAUCAUGAUUUCCUGAGCAAGCAAGGUUUUCUUCCAAAAGAUAUAAAGACUAAAGAGUUCUUCACUGAUGAAAUCAACAAAAAGGUUUCUCUCUGGCAGGGAGAUAUAACGUGGCUGGAAAUUGAUGCUAUUGUCAAUGCUGCAAAUAAAACUCUUCUCGGAGGCGGUGGAGUUGAUGGCUGUAUUCACCGGGCUGCUGGCAAGGGUCUAUUAGAUGAAUGUAGAAAAUUGAAUGGUUGUGAUACAGGAAGUGCCAAGAUGACGUCAGGACACAAACUGCCAGCUAAAAAUAUCAUUCACACAGUUGGUCCAAUAGGAGAAUGCAAGUCUUUGUUAGAAAGUUGUUACAACUUGUGUCUCGAUCUGAUGAAAAAAAAUGAACUCAGUUCAAUGGCAUUUUGUUGCAUAUCAACAGGGAUAUAUGGUUAUCCUUACGAAGCAGCAUCCAAGGUUGCCUUGGAAACAGUGAGGUUGUGGUUGGACAAGAACAAAGACUGGGAUGGUCGCAUUAUUUUUUGCGUAUUUUUACAAGACGACUUGGAUAUUUAUGAGAAGUUAAUGCUUCACUACUUUCCUUGUACGAUAAGUAAGAAGAAAGGUUCUGAGAUUAGCGAGGAUGAACCUGCCGGUGCACACCAGGGUGACUCAACAACGAAGUCCGUAAAGAUGCCAGGGACAGGUACUACUACUGAUCAUGAAAAGAAAAAUCCUAAAGGCAGAGGGCGCGGAUUUGGUAAGACCGGUUCUUCGGGACAUGCGCCUCCUUCAAAGAAAAAGCAACCCAGUUCUGCAGCGGAGAAAAAAGAAGAUACUGGAAGUAGUGAGAGCAAUUCUGUCGUUCGUAAACCAAACCAAGGCCUCUCAAAAACGAAGCCAAAUUCUGGAGAGACGUCAGGGUCAGUUGCUCCUGGUCAUAAUGGGGCAGGAUCUCGGAGCAAAGGCAGAGGGCGUGGCUCUGCGAGGAAGGACGCUUCUGGAAAGACGCCUUCAGUAAAGAAGCAAGAAAAGAACCCGACGACUUUAUUGGUUCAGGCAGAGAAACAUAAAGCAGAACAAGCUAAGAUUGAGAAGACAAAAAAUAAAGACAGCGGACACAUCGAAAGACAAAAGAGUGGAACUGAAUCAUGUGAACAUGAAGACAGCGAGGAAAAGAUGGAUAUUUCUGAACCGAAGGAGGAUACAGGGAUAGAGAAGGAUACAAAAGAGGUGGUCCCGUCGAAAUCUGGAGAAAUAAUAAUGGAGUCAAGUGUUUAACUGUGGUAAGUUGUAGAUGACGGAUUUUGGGCAGUGUUAGGAUCAGUUGUUGAGAAAAACUUCUACUUUGGUUAAAAUAUAUGUAUUAAUGUAUAUAAAUAUUAUAAUCACACAUGCACUACAAUAUAUACAGACGUUUAUUGUCAGUUUAGGUUCGGUAUAAUUGUUUGUAUAGAAUAUCAUGUAAUCUAAAUUUUAUGGUUCUUACAGAUAAGCAUUAUAUAAUGGCCCGAUUUUGAUGCGAAUAAAUUAUGUAUUAUA